UAGUGACUGAGGAACUCCUUGCAGUUCAUCCCCGCUAGUAUAAUCGCGAAUAUGCUCGCCGCGAGCGUUCCGCGCGUACACACGUGACAUAAAAACGUUUCUUAAACAAACACGUAACAAUUCCUUCGCGUGUCUAUCUCCGCGCGAUUAAACAUCUUCGAGUAAACAUUACAACAGCGACAUUGGCAUAAUUCCGCGUCUGAAUACGCAGAUUGACAUAGUGGCAACUAUCGCCGAUAUCAUCAGAUCCUUACAAAACAAACACACCAGUGACAGUGUCCCGUUUUUCAUCAUGACACAGAGGAACGUCCAAAAGACAGACUGCCCCGCAUUGUGAGGAACCGUGUCAUCGUUCGUUGUACCUAAUUAUUGAAAAAUUUCCAGGGGACCGCCGGUUUUCGAAAUUCGUUCCAUAAAUAGCGAACGCGCGGGAGACAUUAAUGGAUUCAAGAUGGAUAUCGGUAGGAGAAUGAAUCUGAUUUGUCUCGCUUUGGUGAUGCUGAAACUCGCUCGCGCGAGAAUGCAAGGAACUGGCGAGUCGAGCGGCGAGUACCUGCACAAAGCGAUGAUGGAGCUGCAGGAGUUCAACGUUCCUCCCCCGGUGAACGUUUACAAUCAGCUCUGGAGCAACGGCUACGAGAACGCGGCUCACAGUGGGAAACAGGAUCACCCGGUGCAGAGGAUCAACAUGAACCCCCGGCAGAAGUAUAAAAAUCAAAGCUACAACAUCCUGAUCGGCGGAAGUCCGGACGUGCAUCGGUACGAUGGAAGUUUCCCCGGUUAUCAUCAGCCUCACGAGUUCGCCAUUAAAGCGCAGGACCCGGAAGUGCUGGGGUUCACGCGGGCGGAACUGGCGUCGAUGUACAAAGACGCGUUGCAAAGGGGAUCGUCGGUCAGCUUCUCGAGCUUGACGAACGCUUUGGCGUCCGGCGAGAUUCCUCAGGUGACGCAGACUCACGUGGAAUUCCCGGUUAAGUCUCCCAGCUACCAGUAUUAUUUCUUCCCGUUGAAGAGCUUCAUGUCGGAGUUCAAGAAGGACCAUGGCUACAAGACAAUCCCUAUCUCCGCGUUCCCGCACGCGCCGGCCGCAUUGCCCAGCACUCCGUCGCUGUUCACGUCGAACCCUCUGUUCGUAGCCAUAAGCACCUUCGUCACCAUGGCGGUUCUCUUCAUGAUGAGCGUUUUAUUUUUACCAAAGUUCCCCUUAAUCGAGACGCUGCUGCACUCGCGGGAAAUCCAGGACGAUUUUCUUCACUUGUCGAACGCCAUUGUGAACGCCAUCGACCGGUACAAUCUGCUGGAGGCCCUCAAAGGACAGCGCGUGGAGUAUAUGAGGUAGCUCCGUGACAUGGCAUACAAGUAUUCUAGGAUAAACGAUGAAACUCGAGAGUUUAGUACAGUUGUUCGUACUGGUAGUUCCCCUUAAGUUAAUCGGACUGCAGAUCUUUAUACGAACUUCGAUUUUCAUGGGUGAAUCCGUUGUUGGUUAAAUUGAAGAUGAAAUAAAAAUGUUAUUUGAUCAGUUUAUGAGUUUGCGUAUGCCAUAAAUGUAUAAACGUCUGCAAUCUAUCCUUAGAUUAAUGUCUGUAAGGUACAAACGAAGAUGAAGUCAUAUAACGUGUAUUUUUUAACAUGUAUUUAAUGAUAACAUUUAAUCAAUAUUUAGUAAAAUCUUCACAAGAAACAACAAUAAACUAAACAAAACAAGUUUUAUUUGAUAACAUCAUUAUACACUACACUUUUUUAUUCUUAGAAAGAAAUGUAAUGUU